AUGGGUGAAGCCAACAUCGUCGGUUCGAAGUGGCGCCAGGUCGAGGUCGGCCGUGUCGUUCUCAUCCAGGGCGACAGCCCCUACGCCGGCCACCUUGCCGCUAUCGUCGAGAUCAUCGACCACAAGCGCGCUCUGGUCGACGGACCUUCCUCAGACGCCAAGCUCGCUGUCCCCAGACAAGCGAUCUCCUUCACCAACUGCCUGCUCUCUUCGAUCGUCAUCCCCAACCUUCCCCGUGGUGCGAGAACCGGUGCCGUCCAGAAGGCGUGGGCCAAGGCUGAGGUCGACAGCAAGUGGGCCGAGACCAACUGGGCCAAGAAGCGCCUCCAGGCGUCUCGACGAAGUGCUCUCACCGACUUCGACCGAUUUAAGGUUAUGAGACUGAAGAAGCAGCGCCGCUUCGAGGAGCGCAAGGCUCUGGCCAAGGUCAAGGCCUCCGCAUAA